CAAGUCGUAACUUGUCGUCCCAGUGAGUGGAUGGCAGUGAGUUUUGUCGUUUUACAUUCUGAAGUGACGGCUGACUUUCUGGCUCCUGACUCCUGAACAUCACAGUAGCCAAAAUAUAUUGGGAUUAGGUUUAGUGACGGACGAUUUCUGAAGGUGUGAGAACCAGAGAUCCGCUGUCACUAUCAACAGUCAUGGCGUCACAGGCCAGCUAUGGCAGCAGUAUGAUGUUCCAGUCUAUGAAUGAAGAAUUGAAUGCAUCAAUGGCCACUGCUGAUGAAUUAUCUCGUGAAUUUGAUUCCCUGCUGAAGGAGUGUUCCCCCAGUAUAAACGCUCCUCAGCAGCUGUCCAGUGAGCAGAGCCUGAGGAUCCAUGUCACCAGCAGCAGCCCCACGCCUCCCUCUUUUGACCAGCAGGAGUCAGGAAGGAGCAGCAGCAGCACGGCAAGUUCCUUGGCCUAUACGCCCAAUGUUAGCACCUACAGACCCGGGCCAGGGUCUGGAGACUCGAUUAUUUCAAACCGGUUGACCCCGACGGAACUUGCACCGGUUUGGCGGACUCAGCUGAGCCCCAACCAAUCUCCCAGUACUCAGAGGCGUCAUCGGGAUCAGCCGUCCUCCAACUAUGCCUAUGGUCAGCUAACCCCUCCAAAUCAAUCACCCCGUACUCAUAGGCGUGCUGACCGCAGCCCUCAUGGGUCUCUCAGCUAUAGUCCUGCUUCAAAUCCUGGAACUCCAACAUUUGAUCCAUUUUCCGGUAUGACUCGGCUUCCCACCCCUUCUUUGGACCCCAUACAUUCGGGUCGUCAAUCACCACGCAGAAGCCCCUCCCCUCAGCCCUUUAUCCAAUCAGCUGCUAGCACCCUGCCACGUAACUUUAUGCCAUUCAGACAAACAGAGGAGUCUGCUCACAGACCAAAACUGCAUACCAACUGGAAUGAAUCAGACCUAGAUGUUUCAUAUGAGAAAAAAACUCAUCACACUUAUGAUAAGACUGAGUGGCAGAGGCCAUCUUUGCCCAAACGAAACUGGGCAGAGUCCAACCUGGAUGGCCCUCCUCCUGCUUCCAGAAAGGACACUGGCAGUCGUCACAUGCCGUCACAUCAGGGCUCUUUGCCAAGAAACCUGCACAUAUCCGCCACCCCUGACCAGCCAAUCAUAUCGCGCAUCUCCAUUCCACCCACCACACUAAAAGCACGGCAGCAUCGGCCAAUCCCUCUAUCAGUCAUCAUGAGGCUCCAAAACCCUCUUGCUACUGCCAAAACCACUUACCCAAGAGUCACAGGGCCCGAGAUGGAUCCAGCCUUCUUCAUCAAAGCCUUCCAGCCACAAAACACUAUCCUGGAGCACCAGCAGCGAAACUACUAUGGAGAAGAGUUGAAACCAUAUGAGGUGGACUCUGAAGUGGAAAACCUGGACCCUGUGAUGGGAGCCUCUCAGUUCAUGCAGGAGGGUCCGGUUCAUUUCACUGGACAGGGUCCGGAGACUUCUGGGAUGGGCGAACAAGAGCCUAGGAAGGUCCCGACCUCUCGGCCCCUCAGUCCCACACGCCUGCAGCCUGUGCUGGCCCCACAGAGCCAGCCAGUGCCCAACCUGGAGGAGGUGCUGCGCAUCCGCUCCGAGAUCCCCAGGGCACUGAAGCGCCGUGGCUCAGUGGAGCAGUCCCAGCCUCUGAGGAAGAGCCUCGUCAUUCAGCCCAACCAGUACAAGCAGAUGAUCAACAAGCUGUUCCACAGGAAGGGCAUCCGUGGCAAGGGAGAAACAGGCAGUGACUACAGCAGCUCCUCAGAUGGAGAGGAAGGCUCACCAUCUCCCACAGCAAAAGCUUCCCCUCUUACAAACAUAGGGACCAAUGAGCAAAAGGGUCUGAACUCUAUCUUGAGGCGGAGAAGCCAGAAGAGCUCCGGCCGUCACGCUCGCCUCAGCCCCCUGGUGCUGCUGCUGGAUGGGGCUCUGGUGGGGGAGCUGGACACUGUGCAGAGAGCAGUGCAGGAGAUGAGUAACCCCAGUCAAUCAAAUGACGAGGGCAUCACUGCUCUACAUAAUGCCAUCUGUGGAGGCCAUUAUUCAGUAGUUGACUUCCUGGUACGGAUUGGAGCUAAUGUUAGUGCACCUGACAGCCAUGGCUGGACCCCACUGCACUGUGCUGCCUCCUGUAAUGAUAAGACUUUGUGUGAGUACCUGGUACGGAGUGGAGCAGCUGUGAUGGCUGUGACGGAGAGUGACUGGGCGACUGCUGCUCAGAAGUGUGACCCCUACGCCCCUGGUUAUGAGGAGUGUGAGACCUUUCUCAGAGGCGUGGAGGACGCUAUGGGUGUGGAGAACAGCGGUGUGCUCUAUGCCCUGUGGGGCUACUCGUCUCAGGCCCCCGACGAGCUGAGCUUCAGAGAGGGAGACAUGGUGACCAUCCUCCAGAAGCCCGAGGGGGUGGACUGGUGGUGGGCCUCACUCUGUGGCAGGGAGGGCUUUGUGCCCAACAACUAUUUUGGGCUUUUCCCAAAGGUCAGGCCGAAGAGUCUGUGCUAGAUUACAGCACUCCCUUCACUUCUUGGACUGUUUGCUUUUAUGGACAAGCCAAUUUUACUGAGACGAACCAGACAUGCAUGAAUGGAAAUUAAUAUUGACUGAUACAAACGUCCAAUGACUGUAGUUGUAUGUAAGGUGUAUUCCAUUAUACAUUUUAGUUGUUUAGAUUUUUCCAUCAUGCCUCCUUGCCAUGCAAAAAUCAUUUACCUCUUAAGCACUUGAUCUUGUAAUCUGUUUUUAUUAGCUAAUGUGCUAGCAUUGUCAUGGUGAAGCCAGGUUUUGUCAUGGUUCAAAUAUAAUAGGAACAUAUUCUUAGUUUUGCCAUGGUUCAAAUGUUAUGAGAAGGCAAUUAUUCAUUCUCACUUCCAUUCAUUCAGAUGUGUGUACAACAGGUCAUAACAUGUUAGACAAGCUCAGCUGCUGGAGGCAUCAUCAAGAAGUAAAGUUCACAGGAAAGCAGCUUAGCACAGUGCCCUCCCACUAGCAGUGUUUAUCUGUUACUCGGUCUGUGUUUCGCAAUCCUGGAUUCAAAACUACUGCAGUCUUGUCCAUUGAUGUCUCUGUAUUGUGGUGCUUGGUUAUUGUCCUGGAAAUUCAGCCCAUUUAUGAACUCUGUCAGUUAUCAUCUUGGACUUUUUUUGAUCAUAUUAACUGUGUUUUUAUUUUGGUUUGUAUAGUGUGUUGUAUGUUGCACAAGUGGAGUGAUGGUGUUUAUUCACUGCAAAUAUUUGACAUGGAUCUCUCUCAGAGUCAUACGUUGAUUGCGCUUAGCUCCUAGUAUGAGAUCUGUGUCCUUUAUGUAUUUUUGAUGCUAUCUAGAUGAAUUGUACGUAGUUAAUCAGACAGUGAAGGCACAUUCCGUGCACGCUGUAAUGUGCCCAAGGCCUUAAAGGAGAGUGGUUGGCUGCAGCAACUCAAGCUCGAAAAAUUGCUGGAAUUCUCCUUUAAUCUCAUAAAGCAAGCGUACAGGUACCAGCAAGACAGGAAGACAUCUUUAGUUGAACCGCAGAAAAGAAUGUCGGCUAGUGGGUUGCCUGUGGAAUUGCCAGGUGGAGGACAGUACUAGCACAGUCACUGUUGCUGCAGUGGUCCUACUAAAGGGGAGAGACGAGAGACGUGUUAGUCAUUGGAUUAAAACAUGCAACUGGCAUCUGAAGAGAAGAAGAGGAAGGCCAGGGAGGCCCUUUGCAGCCUAGCUGAGUCAAUAUGGCGAAGGGAUAGUGCAGUUUAAACUUGCUGCAGUGCUCUCUUAUUGUCUCUGUAGGCUGUGCUCUGUAUACAUUUGACAUAGCUAGUAGAUGGAGAAAAGUAUAUGCUAUAGACAUUGUACUUACAGACAAGCAUCACAUUUAACACUGACUUCUGCAAACCAUUCUACAAAACAUUAAAACAAGAUAUUCUGCUACAGAGUAGUAGUAAAUGUUUUGUCUAAAAUUGAAAUAUAUUGUUGAAAUAUAUUGGUUCUCAUUAAAUGUAUAUUUGGGUGUGUAACCAUUAAGUAUUAUUACAGGAACAAGGUGAUAAAUAAAUAUCUGUAAUAUGGA